GCUGUUAAUUUCUGGUACGUCCUGGUGAUGAAUGACGAACACACAGAGCGGCGCUAUCUGCUUUACUUCCUUUUGAGUUGGGGUCUUCCAGCUUUUGUUGUGAUCCUGCUUUUAAUUAUCCUGAGAGGAAUCUAUCAUCACAGCACAGCGCAGAUUUAUGGUCUUGUCUACAGUGAUCUGUGCUUCAUUCCAAAUGCCUAUGCUGCUCUCUUCACUGCUGCUCUGCUACCAUUAAUGUGCUUGGUUGUGGUUUUUGUGGUGUUCAUCCAUGCCUACCAGGUGACCCCACAAUGGAAAGCGUACGACGAUAUUUUCAGAGGAAGAACAAAUGCUGCAGAGAUCCCCUUGGUCCUGUACCUCUUUGCCCUGAUCUCUGUCACCUGGCUGUGGGGAGGACUGCACAUGGCUUACCGGCACCUCUGGAUGCUGGUCUUCUUCAUCAUCUUCAACAGCCUGCAGGGUCUUUAUGUCUUUGUGGUGUAUUUUAUCCUGCACAACCAACUUUGCUGUCCCGUGAAAGCAAGUUAUACCGUAGACAUGAACGGGCAUACAACAUCAGGAUCGGCUUUCUUCACACAUGGCAGUGGUCUGCCGGCUGCAGGUGGAGAGAUCAGCAAGUCGACCCAGAACCUCAUCAGUGCUAUGGAAGAGAUGCCUGCAGACUGGGAGAGGGCAUCCUUGCAGCCUGCAGGUCAAGCUAGUGCUGCCUUUAAGCAGAGUCCGCAAAAUGGCAAUGUUUUCCACCCUUCUGGAGGAUUUAGUACUGGCUCAUUGGUUGCUGAUGAAGAAUCACAGGAGUUUGAUGACCUAAUAUUUGCUUUAAAGACUG